UUUUUGUUUUCUACGUUUCUAUUUCCAAGUCAUAGAAUCAAUAUUAAAACACUGUGUAUGGUCCUUGUAAAUUGUUAAUUAAUACAGACUUGACUCCGACUUCAAUUCUCACUUGGUUUCCUUGAAAUUUCAUAUCUGAAUAUAGAUAUAUUUAUCAAAAAACCGGCUAUAGUUGUUAUGCUGCGAUAAACGAUGAUGGUCUUAUAAACAAAUCAAUGACGAAAUAGGAAUAAGACGGACUGUUGAAAAGUUAAUUUCCGUUUUUAAAAUUAAAACGUGUGACCCCAAUCAUGUCCAAGAGCAAGCCACUACCCGAAGGCAAUAUUCAAGUCAGGGAGUCAAUUUUGACUGAGCUUUUUGAGAGCAACGUCCACAUAAGAACAGUUCGCAACUUAUUUGUGGUUCUUUUGCUGUAUUUGUUUGUAAAUACAGUCGCAACAGAUUAUUUCCAAAAUGGAGAGUCACAAUUUGGGUUUCGCCUUAUAAAAUAUUGCUUUGGUAAAGUAUACAUAGCAGCACUGGCCUGGGUAGUCUUUGUAGCAAUCAGUUUUCUGUGUUACUUAAGCUUUAAAAUGUGGGCGAAUAUUAGGAUCGUCUUGUUCCCAAAAUCAACAAGUGUUAAACUGUUGGAUUUUUCGAGCCUUUCCCUAUUGGUUGGUUACUAUAUUUUCACAUUUCACAUGCCAAUGUACGUGGUAAGAACAUUCGAUCUUCCUCUAGCAUCGGCAACAAUAGUUCUUGCAGAACAGGUUAGAAUAGCGAUGAAAAUCCAUGCUUUUGUACGAACCAAUGCUCCAAAAGUAUUAAAUUGUAAACCUCACGUCGAAGAUCUUGUAAAAUUACCCACUUUCUGGAACUUUCUCUACUUUAUGUUCGCCCCGACGCUGAUUUACAAAGAUGAAUACCCAAGAACCAAAACCAUCCGCUGGUCUUUUGCCGCAUGCCGUCUGUUGGAAUUAUUCUCUGAAAUCCUAUUCUACAGCAUCAUAUUCGAUCAGUACAUGCUUCCGCCUUACAGAGACUUCGGAACCAGGAAGUUCACCUGGACCGAAAUAUUCCUUGCGAUUCUCAAGAACUCAGCUCCGGCAAUGAUGGCGGCGUUCCUGUGUUUCUACAUGGUGCUACAUUCGGUACAAAAUUUCUUCGCAGAAAUACUCCGUUUCGGAGACAGGGCCUUCUACGCGGACUGGUGGACCUCCACAGAGUAUUCAGUGUUUUACAGGAAAUGGAAUUUAGUUGUGCACAACUGGCUACACAUAUUCGUUUACAGAGACGUCAGAAUGUUAAUGCCGAUGAACAAAGUCUUCGCGACAGUGGCGGUCUUCGUUCUCUCAAGUCUGGUGCACGAAUGGGGCUUUUGCAAUAUGUCCGCCGCAUUCAUUCCAGUCGUUAGUGUAGAAUAUUUAGGCCUAGGUAUGAUUUUGUACUUUGUCAAAAUGCCGAAAAGUAGUCUCUUUAACGUAUUAUUCCUGUUUGGAUUUGCAUUUGGCACAAGCGCACUUUUUUGCUUCUAUAAUUUGGAAUAUUAUGCGAGGCAGAACGCACCUAUUGAGGUUUUUGAUAUUUGGCACCGUGUUUUGCCUAGAUUAUUCACGUGCGACUGCAUACAGGGACUACAGGGUUAGAAAAACAAAACUACUAACAUUUAUUUUAACAAAGAUCUAAUAUGGUAAUUGGUACAUCAUAUGAUUCAUUCACAUAUUCAUAUAUAUCAGUACAAACUAAGCAGAGUGGCAUAGCUACGAGGAACUACUAAAUCAAGGGGAAAAUGAGCAAGUUUGUUGUAUAUAAUCUUGCUAUUCGUAAAUUUAAAAUAAAUAUUGCAUCAUCUUCAAGGUCAUGAACUCAACCUAUUACGGUUAUUAGGAAUAGUGAUUUGAUUAUUAAAAUCUUGUUCAAUAAAAAUUGUAAUUAUUCAUACAUUUUGGUUAAUUACUUUGACCAUGA